AUGGGGUUACUGGUGCCAAUCCUGCUGGCUCUUCUAGCCUCUCUAUUUGGAGGGUUUUACCUUUUAGGAGCAUUCAGAAAGCAAAGGCCAGGUGAACCCCCAUUAGAUAGAGGUCCCAUUCCCUGGUUGGGCCACGUGUUGGAGUUUCGCAGGGACACAGCAAAGUUCUUAGAGCGAAUGAAGCAAAAACAUGGGGACAUAUUCACGGUACAACUUGGUGGGAAUUACUUCACAUUUCUCAUGGAUCCUUCAUCUUUUGGAGCUGUCGUCAAGGAGGCCCGCACAAAACUGGACUUCAGUGCUUUUUCAAGGAAGCUGGUGGUCAGAGUUUUUAAUUUCCGUCAAAUAGAACAUUCAAAAAAUCAAUUUCAUGCUACCAACCACAGGCAUCUGAUUGGUGAUGGACUAGUAUUAUUGACAGAAAGUACAAUGAAAAAUUUCCAAAAUCUCAUGCUCCACAGUAUAGGCAAAGGUGGAGACCAAAAGACCUGGAUUGAGGAUGGACUUUUCAUGUAUUGUUACAAUAUUGUUUUCAGGGCAGGGUACCUAUCACUGUUCGGCAAUGUGUCUUUAAGGGAGGCCGGGAGCACUGAGAAAUCCUUUGAGAUGGACAGAAUACAAUCUGAUGAACUGUUUACAGAGUUUCAUAAAUUUGAUCAAUACUUCCCCAAACUGGCCUAUGGUGUCCAGUCAGCCAGAGAGAGGAUUGAGAUCAGGAAGCUGCUGAGGCUGUUUUGGAAAACCAUGUCAUUACAGGUGUUCAAGAAUAAGGAGAAUCCCAGCGACUGGGUGCGUGAAGAGCAGCAGACCAGCGAGGGACUAGGAAGGAAGGAGUUCAUGCAAGAACGAUGCAUGUUUGUAAUGCUCUGGGCAUCCCAGGGAAACACAGGGCCUGCUGCCUUUUGGCUACUAAUGUACCUCCUGAAGAAUCCAGAGGCCAUGGCUGCUGUGAGGAGGGAGGUGGACAGGGUUGUGACAGAAUCUGGGCAGGAAGUGAGGCGUGGUGGCCCGAUCAUCAAUCUGACCUAUGACAUGAUCCAGAAAAGUCUGAUCCUUGACAGUGCUCUUGAGGAGACCCUGAGACUGACUGUUGCGCCCGUUCUCAACAGAGCUGUGAUGGAAAACAUGAACCUCAAAAUGUCUGAUGGUCGUGCGUAUCAGAUUCGACAAGGCGACAUAAUUUCUCUCUUCCCUUACACUGCUGUUCAAAUUGAUUCCGAAAUCCACCCUGACCCACUUUCUUUCAAAUACGACCGCUUUCUUAACCCAGAUGGCAGCAAGAAAAAAGAUUUUUACAAGAACGGGAAGAAGUUGAGGUACUACACAAUGCCGUGGGGAGCUGGUGUCAGUAUGUGCCCUGGCCGUUUCUUUGUCAUGAAUGAGUUGAAGCAGUUUGUGUUUUUCAUGAUAUUAUAUUUUGACUUUGAGCUGAAGAAUCCUAAUGAGGAGGUACCUGACAUUGAUGUCAAGCGAUGGGGUUUUGGGGCCAUGCAACCCACAAGAGAUGUUGGUUUCAGAUACAGACUCAGAUUUUAA